AUGACAUCCGUCCUGGGCAGCGGCAGGGCGUCGGGAGGGCCGAGCGGGCAGCUGAGAUGCAAGUCCAAGAGAAGGAGGAGGAGGAGAUCAAAGAGGAAAGAAAAACUAAGCAUACUGUCAACCUUCAUAGCACCGUUCAAGUACCUGAGCCCUGGCCCGACCACCAUGGAGGAUGAAGACAAUUUAAGUACCAGCAGUGCAGAAGUAAAGGAAAAUCGAAACAUUGGCAACUUGGAGGAUCAUCCAAUAGCAUCUACUGAUAGGGCAAGAGGGGGAACAACUAGCAGUAAGAGGAAAAGACCCUUAGAGGAAGGCAAUAAUGGCCAUUUCUGCAAACUUCAGCUUAUCUGGAAGAAAGUUUCAUGGUCAGUGACGCCAAAGAACGCUCUGGUUCAGCUACACGAACUCAAACCAGGAUUACAAUAUAAAAUGGUGUCCCAGACAGGUCCAGUGCAUGCUCCAGUCUUUGCUGUUGCUGUGGAAGUAAACGGACUUACGUUUGAAGGCACAGGCCCCACAAAAAAGAAAGCCAAAAUGCGCGCUGCAGAGCUAGCUCUCAAGUCAUUUGUUCAGUUCCCCAACGCUUGCCAAGCCCACUUCGCCAUGGGAAACUGCAUCAGCCCAUCCACGGACUUCACUUCCGACCAGGCAGACUUCCCAGACACUCUGUUCAAGGAGUUCGAACCAUCCACACACAGCGAGGACUUCUCAGUCUACAAGCCGGUCAAUAACGAGCUGCUCUCCACCGCCUACCGGCACGGGCGCCUGCUGUGCCACACGCUGGACCUGAUGGGCCACGCCAAGCCGGGCAAGCACAGGAUGGCCAAGGCGGAGAGCGAGAAGAACCCGGUGGUGCUGCUCAAUGAGCUGCGCUCCGGCCUGCGCUACGUCUGCCUCUCGGAGACGGUGGAGAAGCAGCACAUCAAGAGCUUUGUGAUGGCCGUGAGAGUGGACGGCAGAACGUUUGAAGGCUCAGGACGUAGCAAGAAGUUGGCCAAGGGGCAAGCGGCGCAGGCGGCCUUGCAGGCCCUCUUUAACAUUCGUCUGCCCAGCCACAUUCCCAGCAGGAGUAAAUGUCACCACUUGCCACAGGAUUUUGCUGACUCCAUAUACCAAAUGGUUGCACAGAAGUUCCAGGAGCUGACAGACAAUUUCACUUCCAUGCAUGCACGCCACAAAACUCUUGCAGGCAUUGUGAUGACCAAAGGUUUGGACAUCAGGCAAGCUCAGGUUAUUGUGCUGUCAUCGGGUACCAAAUGUAUAAAUGGGGAAUACAUAAAUGACCAAGGGCUUGCGGUCAACGACUGCCAUGCAGAAAUUGUGGCAAGAAGGGCAUUUGUUCACUUCCUCUACUCACAGCUGGAGCUACACUUAAGCAAACGGCGAGAAGACUGGGAGCGAUCAAUCUUCGUGCGAUUAAAAGAAGGAGGCUACAGGCUGCGGGAGAACAUCCUGUUCCAUCUGUACGUGAGCACUUCACCCUGCGGAGACGCGCGCCUUAACUCCCCCUACGAAAUCACAACCGACUUGAACAGCAGCAAGCACAUAGUGAGGAAAUACCGUGGGCACCUGCGGACAAAGAUCGAGUCUGGCGAAGGGACCAUCCCAGUGCGGUGCCCCAACGCAGCGCAGACGUGGGACGGCGUGCUGCUGGGAGAGCAGCUCAUCACCAUGUCCUGCACUGACAAAAUCGCCAGGUGGAACAUCCUUGGGCUCCAAGGCGCUCUGCUCAGCUCCUUCAUCGAACCCCUGUACUUGCACAGCAUCAUUGUGGGAAGCCUGUGCCACACUGGCCACCUGUCCCGGGUGAUGAGCCAUAGGAUAGAAGACAUUGGUCAGCUGCCAGCUUCCUACCGGCGCAAUCAGCUGCUCCUCAGUGGGGUGAGCCACGCCGAUGCUCGGCAGCCCGGAAAAUCUCCCGGCUUCAGCGUGAACUGGAUCGCGGGGAGCGCGGAGCUGGAGGUGAUCAACGCCACCACGGGCAAGCGGAGCUGCGGGGGCCCCUCACGGCUCUGCAAGCACAUGUUCUUCACCCGCUGGGCCAAGCUGCACGGCAAGCUGAGCACACGAGUACCAAGCCAUGGAGAGAUGCCAUCAGUGUACAGCGAGGCAAAGCUGGUGGCUCAGACAUACCAGUCUGUUAAGCAGCAGCUGUUUAAAGCAUUUCAGAAAGCUGGCCUGGGAACCUGGGUGAAGAAACCCCCAGAGCAAGAUCAGUUCCUACUAACUGUGUAA